AUGCAAAGGGAUGACAUGUUAGAAAAUGUUUCAAAAAGCACACUUAUCAGUAGAAAAAGAACAUGCGAUUCAGAUCCUGUAAAUAAUAUACAGGCUAAAAAGGCAUUCACAUUCAUACCUUCUCUUAUGCAAAAAAGUGCAAUUUGUGUUUUAAAUGAAUUGUACAGAGGAUUAGAAUAUAAAUUUUCAGUUCAAAAUGGACCAGGAAACUCACCCAUAUUUACAACCACAGUCGAUAUAAAUGGUGUUAGAUAUAUUGGUAGAGGAAAAAAUAAAAAAUUAGCUAAACAUAAUGCAGCCGAAGCGGCAUUAAGUGGUAUACAACAAUCGGGUGUUGGUGGUGAUAGUUCUUCUUCGUUAAAUAACACGAAUAGUAGUAAUAAUAAUAAUAAUCCGAAUGAAAUAUUAGAUUUUACAAGUGACACAGUUUCAAAGGAAAUAAGUAAUUUCGAUUUAACCGCUAACAAUAACGCACCGAUAAAUUCAAAUAAUAAAGGAAGUAAUAAUAAUAAUUUAGUAGUCAAUUCUAAAAUGUCUGCCACGACAAACGUUGUUGAAAAAAAUCCAAUAAUGUUAUUAAAUGAACUUUGUUCGGAUGCUAAAUAUGAAGUUUCAUCAAUCGAUGGAAGUUCGGAUACAAAAUAUAAAGUACAAUUAACGGUCGAUGGAAAAAUGUUCGAAGCAACAGGCGGAAGUAAGAAAUUGGGUAAAGCAGCAGCAGCAAGAUUGGCACUUUUAUCUUGUUACAAUAUUUUUUUACCAUCGUAUUCACCCGUUAAAAUGAAUCCACUCGCUUGUUUGGAUGCCAAAAUGGAAAGCGUACCGCAAAUAUUUGCAGAUCACGUGGCUACGUUGAUAAAUAAGAAAUUUGGAGAAUUGAUAAAAAAUAAUCCGGCAUAUUCGCGACGAAGAGUUUUAGCCGGAAUCGUAAUGAGCGAAGAUUACAAUUUGGAAAGUUGUAAAGUUUUAACGGUUUCGACGGGUACGAAAUGCAUUUCCGGUGAUAGAAUAAGCGCGAACGGAUCCGUUUUAAAUGAUUCUCAUGCGGAAAUCAUAUCAAGGCGGUGUUUGUGUAAUUAUUUUUAUUCCGAAUUAGAAAAAUACGUUAAAGAUGAUACGGGAAGGAAUAGUAUAUUUUUAAAAUCACCCAACAAGGGUUUUUUAAUUGAUCCUAAAUAUAAAUUUCAUUUGUACAUAACAUCGGCUCCAUGCGGAGAUUCCAGGUUGUUUUCUCCUCAUGACGUUUGCAUAUUCGACAAACAUCCGAAUAGGAAAGCUCGGGGACAACUCAGGACUAAAAUCGAAAGGGGCGAGGGUACGAUUCCCGUUAAUUCGAGCGAUCUCAUACAAACGUGGGAUGGAGUUUUGGUGGGAGAAAGACUUUUGACGAUGUCUUGUUCGGACAAAUUAGCCAAAUGGAACGUGGUCGGUGUUCAAGGUGCUCUCCUUUCCAAUUUCAUACAACCCGUUUAUCUCGACAGCAUUAUAUUGGGGAGUUUAUUUCAUCCGAGUCAUUUGUAUCGAGCCGUGUACGGAAGAAUAGAAAACGAAAUCUACGAUUUGACACCGCCAUAUCGUUUGAACAAACCCAAAUUGGGAGCCAUUAUAAAUACGGAAGCGAGACAAGUGGGUAAAUCUCCUUCGUUUAGCAUCAAUUGGAAUUACGGAGAACCCGAGGCUGAAAUCGUGAAUGCGAUCACGGGAAGAACGGAUUUGGAUCACAUUUCCCGCAUAUCGAAAUGUAAAUUAUUUUAUAGGUUUUUAAGACUUUUGGGAAAAAUCCCGACCAUAACGAAUAUACACGCGACGAACGAACCACUCAUGUAUAACAAGUGUAAGGAAAAAGCUACGGGAUUUCAGGCGGCAAAAAUGGCAUUGUUGAAAGGUUUUUCAAAAGCCAAACUCGGUGAAUGGAUGAAAAAACCACCGGAAGUGGAUCAAUUCGAAUGGGACGAAGAUUCACUUUUGAAACAUAUUAUUUAUAAUUCGUCUUACGGUUCGAUAAGUUAA